AAACCGAAACUGAAACUAAAAAGUUAAAUCUGGGAUUUAACCUUAGGCUUACUGAAUGAAUCCCGUGGACAAUCUACUUACAAUGGCCUGUAUAACUUAUUUGACACAGGGCAGACAUUCGUUCAAAAAAGUCUUACACAACCUAUUUGACGUGGUUAAAUCAUGUCAAAUAAGUUAUGAACGGACUGAAUCCCAAUCAGAACCUACUUAACAUGGCUUACACAACCUACUUGACAUGGGUAAAUCAUGUCAGAUAAGUUUUGACUGGGAUUGAGUCUGUGAAUAAGUCACACCUCAUGCUAACGAGAGGUCGAAAGGUCACCACCAUGUCAAGCUCGUCAUUUUAAGGACACACAGGAAGGUGAAGCAGUGGAUCAACUAUUGAAAAAAGAAAAUUCUGCUUUGUCAAGAUGGAAGCUGAACUGCAGUAUCCCCUGUGCCCGGCCAGAGUGAUCCACCUGAGGCACCACCUGAAGAACCAGCACCAGGUGAAUAACACCGAGGAGAGGCAGAUCCUGAUUAAACACAGCCGCGGGAGAACCCUCCUCUGGAACCUGGACUGCCCUGUUUGUGGUCUUAGGUACCAUCUCUUAGAGAGGCACCUUAAAAAGCGCCAAGGUCUAACUCAAGAACAGCUGGACAACCAUGUGAAGGAGCUGAAGUGGGCGUCGACCGUGCAAAAGCUGAGGGAACUCAGAAAAAACCCAGAGUUUCCUAUGGUAUCCACUUUUGAUUUGGUGCAAGGCCAGCCAGAGGAAAACCAGGAGCCUCUGGACAUGUUGGGAGAUUUAGACGAGAUGGUUGGUGGGGACCCACUGUUUAAUGAUGGCCCUGUAGAUGGGGCUGUGGUCAUGCAAGGAGCACUAAUGGAGCCAUUUGAGGCAGACCUUCAGCAAUGGCUUGAUGGCCCUGUUAAUGGGGCCGAAGGCAUGCCAGGUAAGCUGUUAAGUAGCCAACCCAUCGGGCACCGGGGCGGGGUGCUACAAAAUAUGACCAUCGCGGAGGUGAUGGGGGCCAAGUACUCUGCCUCUGAAAAGGCGUAUCUGAUAAACAUUACAAGCCACAAGACCAACCAUGUAUACGGCCCGGCCCAAAUCGUCUUCACAAAGGAGGAGUACACCUGGGCCCUCCGGUUCCUAGAGAUUAAAGACCAACUGCCUGGAGGGACCACGGCAACGUUUUUCUUUUUUACUUCCAUGCCGAACCCCUGCAAAAACCUAAAUAAUUACUUUCAGGAGGCGUGGAAGUUCAUUGACUUUCCGGGGACGCCAACCUUUACAGACAUCCGCACCUCCAUCGCUAGCCACUUAAGUGUUUUCUCACAAAUAGACAAAAAUAGGCAGAGGGUAAUGGGACCUCUUUGAAUUGCUUAUUCGUUGUUUUCUGUCGUUCUAGGCCAAGUUCACGCACACCUCUGAAGACGGCGAUGGAGCACCGCCGUCUCUUUGAGGGGUCAUUGCAGGGCGAGGAGCGUUCUCCUUCCAAACCGGUGUCCGAGGAGCCCGAGGCCGAAAAGAAAAUCCACAAAGCCACGCAAGAGGCCCCGGACCGAAGAUACCGAGACGUCGGGGAGCGACAAGGCCGCCACCACCUCAGAUGAGGGGUCCAGCCAGGGAGAGAAAGAGGAAACGAAGAAAACCGUGAGGAAGAAAUACCCCCUCUGACAGCUGUCUCCGUUAAAGGUGCGAAAGACCAUUGUGUCAAAAUCAAUGACUUUGACUGGCAUGGCCCAGCUGGCCAAGGGGGCCUCUGUUGUGAAGGACCUGAUGGGGAAGGCAACAAAAAGCCCUUCCCCAAAGACCCCAAAAAAGGACUAGUUUUUAAUAGAUGUGUUUUUUAAAUAGAUGUGUUUUUUAAAUAGACGUG